AUGGCACAAGUCGAAGUACAAACAGUGCCAGUCACCCCUGGUUUCAACAGCAUCAAGCCAAUCAUCAGAGAGACGCUGGGCGGGCCAAGCACAAAAUUAUCACUCGUGGCUUUUGACGCUGAAAAGCAUUUGGCAUAUACCGAGGAUCCCAAGAGACUAUCAACGAAAGAUCUCGGCCUUCCAGAAGAUGUGGGAAUUUCUCCCGUUGCCGUUUCGGAGCCAUUUCCCCUUUUCACUGAAGAAGCUAUCCGUAUUAUGAGAAGCGAGAUCUUCGCAAAUGAAGUGUGGGAAAACUGCUUGCACAGCACCGAAUUUGCUAGCUGUCAGCUCAGAGGCCACUGCCCGAAAUACGCACCAUUCAUGUAUGAUGCUUGGAAAGAUCCCAAAACCCUCUCCAUUGUCUCAAAAAUUGCCGGUGUCGAUCUCAUCCCUGUCAUCGAUAUAGAGAUUGGCAAUAUCAACGUCUCCGUCCAGGAUCCAGGUGAGGACAAAGGAAAAGUGACGAAUCAGUCCGACGACGACAUUCCAAUCACCAAAUGGCAUAAUGACAGCUAUCCGUUUGUCUGCGUGGUCAUGAUGUCCGACGCUUCCAAGAUGGUUGGCGGUGAAACAGCGCUCAGGAGUGGUUCAGGAGAAAUCCUCAAAGUACGAGGACCUCAGAUGGGAUGUGCCGUUGUCCUCCAGGGCAGGUGCAUCUCGCACCAGGCCUUAGCCGCAGCCGGAGGGGUUGAGCGUAUUACAAUGGUCACAGCAUUCCGGCCUCGCAACCCUCUGGUGCCCGAUUCAUCGGUUCUCACUACUAUCAGGCCCAUCUCAGAGUCAUCGGAAUUAUACUUUCAAUGGACAGAAUACAGAAUGGAGGUCUUACAGGAACGCCUCAGGAGAAUGCUCAAGGUCCUUGAAGAGCAGCACCGGGCAAAUAAACCGACGGAUAUCAAGAAAAUCAAGAAAUUCCUCCAGCAGCAAGAGGAGUGGAUUGCUGGCACGAAUAGGGAGAUUGUGGAGCCGUGA